GCACCUCGAUGGUGGCUCAUAUAUCUCGCAUUUCCUGUUCCCGUUGCAUGGGCAGAAAGAUCUCGUUCCUUCACUGACUUCUACACCCGUUUGUGCAUUCGUUACUACCUUCGUUUCUACAUUCGUUUAUCUCCACAAUGUAUCGACUUCUGCACUCUCUUUUGGCGGUGUUUUUCCUGGCCGGGCAGACUCUGGCAGAUUGUAUUUCUUUUGGCUACGACUUCGUCGAUGGCGGAGGUCCCUACUGUAUCAACACCACUUCUACUGAUUACUUUUCAUUUGGAACCGAGUUCGAAGGUUGCCAGCCUAGUGAUAGCCAAGGCGAUAUCACACCCAUCCUCGUCGAUCCCAAUGGUAAUGAAUACUUCUGCUCCGAUAUACCUACACAGCCGGACGACACGGAUAUGGUGUCCACUUGCAAUGUCACGGGCAACACUUUGCAAAAGGACCAGAUGUUCUCCGGCAACUGGACUGUCGUUGUCGAAGGCUUGACUUUUGCCUGGAUGAGGGAUUUCUCAAUUAUAGCGGCACCACCUGUGACUGUGACCACCACUCCUACUGCCACAUUCACUGUCACCAGCAUCCCGUCAACGACGAUAACCUCCACAAGUACUGGCUGGGACUCGAUUACUCUAUCCGCUUCGACCAUUACUCUGCCAUCCACUACAUUGACGAGCACAAUAACGACAACACCCUCGCGUGUGACUGUCUGGUCGACCUCCACCAUGAGCAGGACUCGGACUGCAAGAACAUUUAGCUCCACCAUCUCGACUACCACCUCCACCGCAAACUGCAUGACGCAGCCGCAUAGACAGGAUCCCACAUGCACGAUACACCCCACCAAGGCAUCGUUACUGGCAGCUGCGAGCUCAGCUGUAAGCUCGACUGUGGCCAAUACAACUGUCGCUGCAAAUGCAAAUCGCUGGUUCUGGCGCGGUUCGUCAAGGGACAGGCACGUGAGAGAGGUCUUCAAGCGUGCAACUAUCGAGCCACGAGACGGCAAACUUGUGGAUCGGGGAGCAGAUCUAUGCACGACAACGUACCUUGAGACAUCCUUGGUCGUUUCGUCGACCGUAACUGUGACGGGUCCGACGAGCACGGAGAUUGACACGACCAUCGUCAGCUCGACUACUACGAUCACGCCAUCACCUGUGACUGCAUACUCUGGCCAAGCCAAUACGACAAUUACCGUUACGGCAGCAACGCCUACUCGGACUCGGAUCACUAGGGCAUACACAACUGUCUGGACCACCAAGACCAUCGUGGCGACGAUUACCUCGACCGUCAAGACAACACCGUCUGGGAUGGUUUGUGCGACAUCGCCGGGACGAUUUUUCUGAGCCCACAAGCCACCAUUGUUGGUGCUGCUCUAGCGGUGUAUGUGCAAGGAAUUUUACGUACGAAGACUGGAGGUACACUGUUGAAUGACUGAGUUUGAGCCCUGCGGUUGGAAGCCUCAGCCGGGGAGCAAUAUCUGGGGUCAUCGGAGGGUUGUAGCCAAUUGGAGUGGCUAUUGCUGACCGUCGGUGGAAUUAUUCGUCCGAUUGUAGCUGUUGUUCUGCCGCAUCUAAAGUCUAAACAUCUGCCUGCCGCUCAGCUAAACUCAACCUCCAUACAAUCUACCGUGCG